CGCCCACCCGCGCCCGCCCCGGCCAGCGCCGCUCCCCCGCGCCCGCCCUGCCGCGGCUCCGCGCCCGCCGGGGAGGGAUGAGCGACGGAGCGGCCGCUCCGCGCCGCGGUAAGUGUGGACGUCUGUGCAAGUGUGACAGCAUCAUGGUGGCGUUUAAAGGAGUCUGGACUCAGCCCUUCUGGAAAGCCGUUUCGGCAGAAUUUUUGGCCAUGCUGAUUUUUGUCCUCCUCAGCCUUGGCUCCACGAUCAACUGGGGCGGAGCAGAGAAGCCCCUGCCUGUAGACAUGGUCCUCAUCUCCCUCUGCUUUGGACUCAGCAUUGCAACCAUGGUGCAGUGCUUUGGACACAUCAGCGGAGGCCACAUUAACCCUGCUGUGACCGUGGCAAUGGUCUGCACUAGGAAGAUCAGCCUCGCCAAGUCUGUCUUCUACAUUCUUGCCCAGUGCCUGGGAGCCAUCGUGGGCGCAGGCAUCCUUUACCUCGUCACACCGCCAAGCGUGGUGGGAGGCCUGGGAGUCACUGCGGUACACGGGGAUCUUUCCGCUGGCCAUGGACUCCUGGUGGAGUUGAUAAUUACAUUCCAGCUGGUUUUUACUAUUUUUGCCAGCUGUGAUUCAAAACGAAGUGAUGUCACUGGUUCAGUAGCUCUAGCAAUUGGAUUUUCUGUUGCAAUUGGACAUUUAUUUGCUAUCAAUUACACCGGUGCCAGUAUGAACCCUGCUCGAUCAUUUGGACCUGCUGUGAUCAUGGGGAGAUGGGAAAACCAAUGGGUGUAUUGGGUGGGACCAAUAAUAGGAGCAGUCCUUGCUGGUGCUCUUUAUGAGUACGUCUAUUGCCCCGAUGCUGAACUCAAGCACCGUUUUAAGGGUGUCUUCAGUAAGGCUACUCAGCCGUCCAAAGGGAAGUACAUUGAGGUGGACGAUAACAGGAGCCACGUAGAAACCGAUGACCUGAUCCUGAAGCCUGGCAUAGUUCAUGUGAUUGAUAUCGACAGGGGUGAGGACAAGAAGGGAAAAGAUCCAUCCAGUGAGGUGUUGUCUUCUGUAUGACUAGCAAGAAGCACUGAAAGCAGAGAGCAGCCUGCUAGCACAUCCACAGAUAUCCUUCCACCUAUUAAAGAAACAGAUCUCCUCUAGACUGAGCAUCUACCAUUUCUUAAAAGGUAUGGUGGGAGCAGCUGCAUGGUAGUGGUGUCACCAAACCAUAUGCCUGCUCAGUUGGAAGAUUAGGAUUUUGCCAUAAUUAGGUUUCCCCAUCUAUUAUUUCAAAUUAAGAGUUGUUCCUAGUAUUUUCCUUUCCUUCUUCCUGGAGCAACCUCAAAGUAAAAAAAAAAUGAUGAAAGCGUUCUCCUUUAAUCAAUCAGUCAAUAGUGAGAUAAAGAUAGAGAUGUUUAACAUUCAGAUUGACAGUUAAGACAUAUCAGGAAAUGCCUAUAGACAUGAAGACCUACUUAUCAGAUUGUUCUUCUGACACUUAAUUGGCUGUUGUCAGCUCCAAUUAGGACAUCUUACCCAUUAAAUGUUCUCUCUGAGGUUCAGGGACAGCACCAACAGUAUUUAAGAGUUUUAUCUACAGUCAAGUAAAGAAGUACAUCACUACGGUCUUGUGAACCACCUCUGAAAAAAAAUGAUACUUUAAUAGGUUUAAAAAGAAAUCUAUCAACCCAUCAAAUUUCACUCAUGAUUUGCAGUAUAAAUAUAUUACCUUCAUCCCUUCCCCAGAGUGAAUACGCUGAAAUUGAAUGUUGAAGCCUACUGUAAUAAGGCUGCAAAUCAUUUGACUGUACUUCAUGCUCCCCCUUGUCACUGUCUGUCUGGUGAAACAUUCUGCCUGGAUUUGACUAUUGACCAUUUGGUGUUAGCAGACUCUCAAGGUCAUACAGAGAAUAUAAAGGCUUUCCUGUUACUUAAUAACUCAAAUAAAAGAUAUCAGAAGAAAAGAAGGCUUAUCUGUUUUCAGUGCACUUGUUCAGAUAUACAUUUCUGUGCUAAUUUAUGUAAACUAAAGGUUUAAAUCACUUACCUACUUUCUUACAAGAUGGUUGGAGAUACUGGGUUUUUAAUUUAUUAGUAACAUAGAGGAUUUUUAACUUUUAACUGUAUUGAAAGACUGAUUGGGAAAUAUUUUUUUAUAAUGGAUGAUAAAAAUAAGGCUGCUUCUGGCUUUUUUGUUGUAACUGAUGCCUGAUUAUUUGAAUGGGAUCCAUGCUUGUCCAGUGUUCAUAUAGUCUUAAUUGCACCUCUGGCAAAGGUUCUUUAUCUGUUAGGAAAAGAUGCAGGCACGGGGUUUAUUUUAGGGGGGAAAGGGACACGAAAUAUGUUCAGUAAUCAGUCUUUCCCUUGUAGGAGUAUUUUGACAGACAUAAUCACCCCAGCAGAACAGUUCUGUAAAGUUGUUACUGACUUACUGCUUUUGUUUCUGAUCAGGGGCUUUGAGUUUUACAAUAGGCAGCUGCAGAGCAGUCAGGAGCAUGGUAUUAUUACUGUAAUUAUAUAGUUUUUAUUUUGAAAUUGAAAAACUACUCCUGCCUAUUUAGCAAUAAGAGGGGGAAAAAAGCAUUAGUCCUGACCGUGGGCUGUAAUAGCCUUGUCUGUUCUUUGACAUACUCUACAUGCAAUCUUUAUUAUAGGGAAUUAGAUGUUUCUAAUUAGAUAAUAAACCACUGCUAGCCUCUAAUCUGUGCACUAUGAUCCAAGGGCAAUUCUGUUAUCCCAACUUGCAGCACUGUAUAGUCCCAGCAUGUCCUGCCAUACUAAUUUUCCUAGUUUCACACUUUUCUUGUCUUAAACCCUGUUAGUGUGGCGCAAGCUCCCUGCAUUGAGCACGAGAUUCAUGACUCCUUCAUGCAUUUGCAGUUGAGCCGUGAUCUCCCCCGUAGUCCACCCAGGCACAGCACAUAGCAUAUGCGGGCACAGGACAGGACUUCCUUAGGUGACCCAGGAACAGCCCUGCUCCCAACGUGCGAGCCCUCGCCAUCACAUACCUGCUGCAGCAUCACAGCAGCGGCUGCCUGUGAAGUCUGGUAAAACAGCUGAUAUUUGUCCUUAGCGGUGCCCCGACACAGUGACAGCAUCACAGUUCAAGGGCAUAAGCAUGGUUAGGGACUUGCAAGGGACAAUGUCAAAUUGCAGAUAAGAGCUCCUUCCCACAGCAAGGACUAAGUCUCCUGGGGAAGGGCAACACAGGUGUGGUGUUUAGACCCCUACAUACCUCUGCUCAGAUGGAUAAAUACCAUGCUAAAUAGAUUUAAUGAGAAGGAUCAAAACUUGUGGUUUGGGUUUUUUUUUUUUGUCUAGGCAUUUGUUUUGGCUUUUUUUUUUUCUUCAAAUGCUUUAUUUGUUAAAGGGACACUUGAUUAAACCUUUUGCAUGGCUUAAACAGGUAAAAUAAAGAGUAAUACACAUAGCACUGGUGGAUUUUUAAGCAAAGGUUUGCAAUUUUGUAUUUAAAGACACUUCUUAGAAGCUCUUAAUUUGUGAAUUUUGCAUGGUACUGUGUUAUUUAAAUAAGAAACUGUGAUUUGUUUUGUGCUUAAGGGUCCUUUACACAAAUGGCUUGAUCUUCCUUAGCCAGCCUGAUUCUGCUGCCAAGGUGAGCAUAACACGAGCAUAGCACCAGCCACCUCAGGAAGAUUUUUUCCUUGAAACACUUUCUAUUAAUGAAGUGUGGCAAACACUCAGAACCUGUCCUAGGAGAACUCCUCACUCAAACAGAGUAUCAGAGAUAAGAUACUGAGGCUCCUGAAAAGAUUAGGUGAAAGAAAGGAAUCUAAAAUAAAGAGACCACUAGACAGCAACGGAUGUUGCCAUGCCAUUGGGCAUUAGUAGGAAAGCAAGGUAUGGUAGGUCUGCUCCUGCUCCCACAGAAUGACACUCAUGGAAUAGUUUGUCAUUGACUACAGUGGAUAUGAUCCUGAGCUUUUUUGGGGCCUGAUAGCUUCUUUCUUGCAAUGCACUGUGUUUUUUCCACAAUCAGUCUUUCAGCAAGAUACUUAAUUCUGGAAGGAGAUGCAUUCAACUUGAGGUUUAUGGCCCACCCUGAAGUAAAUCCUUAGGAGUGGCUGUCAUCACAGCCAGUCGUGCACCACUACAAGAGAUCACCAUCCAUGUAAAGGAACGUCCCUCUUUCAGCAUCCCUUAGAGCCUGAUUUAGCUUUGACCUGCAGGGAUGUGUGCUUCUCUAAGUUGUUUUGCAGUGGUAUCAUCACAUUUGGUUAAAUAAUAGACUAGUGUGACCUUUUUAGGGAUUGGAAAUACUUCUGCCUUAAUAUGAUUUUAAAAUAUGUACUUUAAUACGGUUUGAGCUUUAUGUUCUAAAGGCCUUCAGCUCUUAAAUUGCACCUCAUAACAUAAUGUGGUGUCCUCUUAAAGUAUUUAUCAUUGGGGUGGGAAACGGUAAAUGUUUUCUGUUUAUGAUGGCGGAUGAAUAUCGCAGGAAGUCUGCGAGGCAUGUCGUCAUUUUGGAGUCCUAAAAAAGACAUGGAUGACUCUUUUACUCCUCCAUGAUGGAAACAAUUUUUUCCAACAGUGUAUUUACCCUUUAACAAAUACAUUCAAAUGUUUAAUCACUGGAUUUCAGAGGAGAAAGGAUGGAAGCUAAGGGUGGUUACUCUGAGGCAUUCAAAAACAUUUUGGGUUGCAUUAACUCUGAGGAGUUUAUCAGCCAAAUUCUAAGAAGAAAAAAGAAAAGAGAAGAGAAGAGAAGAGAAAAGAAAAGAAAAAAGAAAAGAAAAGAAAAGAAAAGAAAAGAAAAGAAAAGAAAAGAAAAGAAAAGAAAAGAAAAGAAAAGAAAAGAAAAGAAAAGAAAAGAAAAGAAAAGAAAAGAAAAGAAAAGAAAAGAAAAGAAAAGAAAAGAAAAGAGAAAAGAGGAAAAGAAAAGAGAAAAACCCUGCAGUAUUUGAGUUGUCAUCACAACCCUUCUGUUGAAGCAUUUGGGAGCUGUAUCUUUCAUUCAUUCAGUGGAAGCAGGAGCGAGACUCAUGCAGUGUUUAGGCUUGUCAUCUGCAUUUGCAUAUGAGCUUUUCAAAAUGUGCUUUAUUUCUGGUCAUUAAUAAUUGCCACAGUAUCUGCUUUCUAAGCUAGAUGGCCUUCAGAUUUCCACCUUUCUAGUGCUUGGUGGCAAAGAAGUUGCUGCUGUGCUCUGCAACAUUUUGUCUGCAGUCUAUGUAACACAUUCAGGAGAUUAUACACCAUCCAUUAUUUUUAAUCUAAAUAAGAUACGUGAGAAUUUACAUUGUGAACCUUUCUUUCCAAGGUGGGAGAUGAAAACACCAUGCAGAAUUUUUUGUAUGUCAAAUCAACCUCUGUGUUUCUGAGUUUCGUAAAGACUUACUAAAUAGAUAAGAUGCAAAUAUAGACUGAACAAUUUGUUAUCCACUUUUAUGAUCUACAUCAUACUGUCGCAGUCUGUAAUUUAGGACAAAUGGAAACUAUGUACACGAGUUUUUCCACAAGACUGCUUAUCGAUGAAAUGCUUAGUCACCAUGAUAUCAGAACUAAUGUUAUAGGACUUAAAAUGUCCAUAUGUAACAUUUUGAAUAAUCUACUGAAAUAUACACUAUAAAAUAAUACAUGAUUGUCUGGUUCCCAAUUGUAUUCUACUGUAUCUCACACUACUGUUGCAAAUAAAUUAUCUGUUAAAAAAAAGAAAAA